AUGAGCACGAAAACUACGCCCUGUGCAGAAUGUAGAUUACAACGGCGGAAAUGCUCUCGCCCUGCCUCUGAUCAAGAAUGCUUUCGAUGCAAAAGACUAGGCAUCAUAUGCAAGCAACCUAUGAAACUAAAAGAGCUGAAUGAAGUCGAUACAGCUCAAGAAAUGGACGAUUUACAGAAUCAAAUACUACAACUCAAGGAAGCCUGCCAUUUCAUGGAGAACCAACUCAAUUUGUAUCGAAAAGAGAACUGCAACAACAGCAAGCAGAUUACAGCCAUAUCGAAGAAUGCAAUGCUCCAAAGCCUAUUCCAAAACUGGAAAUUCAAAAUAGUUAAUGGUGGAUUUCAGAUAGAAACAGGCAUUCGAGAUUUGAAUGAUCUAUUGAUGCUCAACACAUCCAUCUCCUAUCUAUCACCGUUGAGCUACGAUAGUGCAUCUUCCAUCAACAGCGAUGAUUCUUAUUACCGAGGGCGAGACGCCAGCAUUGUGCUGAGCUUCGGAAAAGCGACAGCUGGCAGCUUGAUACCAUUUACAAUUAGAACGAUGGCGAAAUCUUUGACGUCGAAGACAUCACAUAUACCCGUAGCUUUAUUAUUACCCAGUAUUUUGUUGCUUGAUCCGAAAUCACUUGUAGAUCAGCUAUUGAAGAUUUACUUUCAGUGCCAUAACAUUUACAAUCCUCUCGUGCAUGAAAAGACGUAUCGCGACAAGAUGACCGCCAUCUCAGAUCCACUAACAGAUCUUCUCACACUCAGCAUAUGCUCUUACGUCUGCUCGACGCCCUGCCAGCAUUUGAUAUUCACACCUCGAGAGCGACGCAAUAUGGGCGACUAUUUUUAUGCGAAGGCCAGAGAUAUCCUCUUGGAUCAAUUUGAUUUACCGGAAAAACGUUUGGAAAAUGCAAUGAGCAUCAACUUGCUGAUUCAAUACAUGAAUGUUACACUCAAAUAUGUGGAAGGUCGUCAGCUGAUAUCCAUGGCUUUUCAGAUCCUGCUUGAUUUACGGAACGAGUACCCUGAAUUCCGCGUGCCGGUGGAUCUAGACGUGGUUGAUGUAGAAGACACACCAUAUUCGAAGCAUUACAACUAUGAGAUUAACCAAGAACCCAUCACCGAUGUCGACAAGGCGCUAUUCACUCGACACAUCAAAAUAGCAGCAAUCACAAGUAGCCUAUUAGAUUAUGUUGUAAGCAAUUCAACUGACAUGAGCGGAUUUCACUUCCCCACCUGGAAGUACCUUGCCGACGAGCCUGAAAACACCAAAAAGUUUGUUCGAUCGCAGAACUGGAUCAUCAACCUCUACAACCAUAAGUUUGUAAAGAAUUUCAUGAAAAGCAUUCAUCGUGUGCAACUAGGAACGACCUGUGCUCUUAGCUUUGAAUCUAUUCUCGUCAUGGAAGAUGUCAUUAAGGAGUAUACCAAAGCAGUUCCAGCCGAAUUCCGACUCUGCGAUGAUCCCAAUAGUGCGGAAAUGUGUUACCACGCCAUAGAAAACACAACAGAUUCAGUGCUUUUGGUGAACUUUGUGCAAUUUCAUAUUCUGCAGAUGAGCAUUUACUCUUGCUUACUACAUCCAAAAGCGUUAUCUAGUCAGGGCCAGCAAUUGCUAUCUUCAAUACAAGAGCAUUCUUUGGAAAAGGCAUUGAAGAGCGCUCAAUUCAUUUUAUGUGGAAUUCGCAGGCUUGCUGAUGCUGAAACAACUUUAUGCAUCUACCUAAUUUCAGCGACGGAAUACUUGUUUCAUGUCUUGGAUGUGCUUGUCAUGCUGUCGCUUUCACCGAACAAGCAGAUUGCAAAGGAAGCCGAAUUGAUGAUGAAGCACUGUCUCGACGAGCUAGAUUUUGUUGGAUCUACACAAGGCUAUCAACCAUUAAAAUCUGACGCUUCCACCAAGAAAACUCGCAAAGUUAAAAUGAAAGAUUGCAGAUUGGAUGUUGAUUACUAUGAUCAAUUUCCACAUCCUUGGUUCGCAAUGGUCUCUGAUGCUAGUCAUUACUAUACAUCUCGAUAA